AUGUUUUGCAGCCGCCAUCUGAUGGUGUUCAACAAGCAGCUGGAGCACGGCCGAAACGUCCAGAACGUCCCGAGGUACAUGCUCUUGCCACACCGCCGCCUAGAAAUGCACUCAAACAAGCACGGCUUGGAAGUCCUGCCGCGCCCAUGGAAGACGAAACAGUUCAAGGUGAAGUUCAUAAUCUACAGCCCCAACACCUACAAUUUCCCCGCGGCGCCGCGUCUACAGGAACCGGGUCGCUCAACAUUGGCAAUUAUGCAAUUCAACAUGGGCGGAGCACAGAGUUCCCGAAGCAUGGCGGCAUGCCACUGUGUGCACAAUCUACAAGAUCAAGAGCCCUCCAAAUGUGUGAAAAUUACCGGCCGAUUAGUUUACUAUGCGUGGAGUACAAACUCCUGGCCAGCCUCCUACUACAACGUCUACAACAGGCAGGGGCAGAAGACCGGCUGA